CCGGCGUGCGGAUCUCGCGAGAGCGGUAGAGGGCGGAAGCGGUAUCCGUGCAGGAUGUGGUUCCUGCUUGCGCUGGUCCUGCUGAGCGUCUCGGUGGAGGAACGUUCGCAGUCAGCCAUCGAAAAUUCGACGGUCGUUCCAUCGUCAAGUGACCAUCCUCCUGCAGAAACUACAGGAAAUGACUCGAGCCAGUUGUCUGAUCCGGGACGAUCCGGGACGCAGGUAGAGUCAAACGUUCAGAACUCAACUUCCAUGAAAGAUGGCUCUGGCAGACCAAGUCAAGAGCAGCCUGCUACUAACGGAGGCUCCAACUCGAAUUCUAACCAACCUCCCAGUACAGUCCACGUCAGCACGCCCACCUCCAUUCUCUCUACUAAGGAAUCCCCCAAGACUAAGGAAAACCAACUAGCUGAUGAAGGAAAGUCUCCAAAUGCUUCCAGACCGGAAUCUGGGGGGACAGAGUUAAUGGAACCUUCACUGCCACAGGAGGAAAACAAGUCUUCAGAGCCUACUGAAGAUGUGGAGCCCAAAGUGACUGAAGAAGGUGAUACAGGGCCUGAAGACGGAUCACCACCCAAAGAAGAUGUGGAACCCAAAGGGACUGAAGAAGGUGAUACAGGGCCUGAAAACAGAUCGCCACCCAAAGAAGAGAAAGCAAAGAUGUCUGGCCCUGCCUCCAGUGAGAACCGUGAAGGGACACUUUUGGAUUCCAUGAGUAGCGAGGAUGACCUUCAAAAGGAAAAUUCUGAAAGUGCCAGUGCAGAGAGCAGUCACUUCUUUGCAUAUCUGGUGACUGCAGCCAUUCUUGUUGCUGUCCUCUAUAUUGCUUAUCACAACAAGAGGAAGAUUAUUGCUUUUGUCCUGGAAGGAAAAAGAUCUAAAGUCACUCGGCGGCCAAAGGCCACUGACUACCAACGUUUGGACCAGAAGCUUUGAUUUUUUUUGUCUUUGAGAACCUUGUCCUCCCUGCUGAUUUGUUUCUAAAUCAAGAAAAAUGAAGAAAACAGUACUGUGACCUAAGAGACACCCUCAUCUGGGGUUUGGUGGCAAGUCUGGGCUGGCAGAGGGGGGGGUGGGGAUUGCUUCCGGGUUUGCACCUGCACGAAUACAGACAUCAUUUGCCUGUAUUCCCUUUAUUUCUGCUGGUGGCUUUCAUCCUUUCCUGCUCUGCAUGUGUGUGGAGGGAGCAUGUGAAAACUCCCUUUGGCUAUGACCAAAGGGAGAUGCCAGCUUGAACAGGCUGCUAUGCUGACCACCCUCGUUAGGGCCUUGGCUCUGUAGUGUAGUUAACCUUUGAGGAUGGUAUGGACCUCUGUAUUGUUCAUCUCUGCAGACCUAGUAGAAUGCUGCAGAUAGAGGUGCUUUUCUACUGAGCCCUCUUAUUUUGGUGGGGGGACGUGCCCUACAAAAGACAUAGAAGAUGGUGAAAAGCUGAUGGGCAAAAGGCUUGUUUAAACACAUGAUUGUCUCGAAGGUGUCAGCAGCAAACCAAAACAGGAGGCUAAAAGUAUGCUGUGUUGCUUGCAAGUCCAACCUGUCUAGCAUGACUUCUUCACAUUUUCUGAUGUUUCAUAUGUCUAGAGACAAAGUCAAUCAAUUUCCAUUUGGUUGUACUGAACAUAAAACUGAACUCAGUGUUUCUGAAAAUAAGGCCACUGUUCUCAUUACAGAUUGUGUUUUAGAAAUAAGAUUUGGAACAGUGUGAUCAUUCAUACAAUCAUACUCAGUAAGGAACUUGAAAUAGGGCGAGUUUAUGAUUCAUGAAAGAAAACAUGUAGGAGAGUUUAGAUAUGCUCGGCAGUUUUUUUAAAGGACUUUGACGAGCUAGGUCUCCCACAAACUGCUUUUGGUCUUUAUUGCCUAAAAUAGAAAAAAUUGACUUACAUGUAGAAAUUACCGUACUCUCUGACCAUUUUAACUUAAUCUAUUGGAGGGUAAUUAGUAAAAAUUCUCCUUCCUUGUCAUGUCAUGAAUUAUUCAAAUUUGAGAUAUUCAGUGGGUUCAGUGGGUUCCUCUAAGUAAGAGAGGGUACUGUCUUGGAUCACAUUGCCUUUGGGGUUUUAUUUAAACCUGUUGCAGUCAUGUUCUACUCUAGUAUAGAGAGUCUACAGAGAGUCGUUUCUGAGCUAAUCUCAGGGAAAUACCAAGAAUAUGGGAGGUGACAGAAAUAUGAUGAAUUGUGGUGUUGAGGCAGUAAGUCUACAGAAGGGACCGUCCCAGUUGUUGUCUUAUCUUCCACCUUGGUUCAAACAGCCCAUGGCUUUAUGUUGAAAUUUGCAUAAUUGGCAGGUAGUCUACUUUAUGGAGAUGAGGAAUAAAUGUCUACUCUUCUCGGAUCAUUCUGUCUGCUGGUGCACCCAUUGUUGUAAGACUUUCUUCCAACCCAAGGGAUCUUCCAUCAGACUCCUCUAACAUUCCCUAGAACCUGGUGGCUUCAGUCACCUGUGUCUCCUUCCCCCUUCCCCACCUUUCCCCUUCUUCCUGUGUUUCCUAUUUGGCUUAUCCACACCAGCUCCUUUCUUUCCACCUCAGGCACACUCUAAUUUUCCCCACUCCCAUCUGUGCUGUUUGCUGUCUCUCUAUGUGCUCAACUUCUCCAUUAAGUGUUGCUUCUCUUAUCUUCCUAUUCAUUGUCUUCAGGACUUUCACAAACUCACUUUGAGCCCUGUCUUCCUACUGUGCUUUCCCAGAGU